CGGCGGGGAGGAACCGGAAGAGCGUGUGUGGCGGUCGCGCCGGCCGGGCGGGCCUCGCAGGGACGCGCAGAGGCGCGGGUCUGGGCAUGAAGCUGGGCCGGGUCGCGCUGGGCCUGCUGCUGCUGGCGCCGUCGGUGGUGCGGGCGGUGGAGCCCAUCAGUCUGGGGCUGGCCCUGGCCGGCGUCCUCACCGGCUACAUCUCCUACCCGCGCCUCUACUGCCUCUUCGCCGAGUGCUGCGGCCAGAGACGGAGCCUCAACCGGGAGGCACUGCAGAAGGAUUUGGACAGCAAGCUCUUCGGCCAGCAUCUGGCCAAGAAGGUCAUCUUGAAUGCGGUGGCCGGUUUCCUGAGUAACCACAAGCCUAAAAAGCCCCUCACCCUCUCCCUGCACGGCUGGACGGGCACAGGCAAGAACUUCGUCAGCAAGAUCAUCGCGGACAAUAUUUACGAGGGGGGGCUGAACAGCGACUAUGUGCACCUGUUCGUGGCUACGCUGCACUUCCCACACGCCUCCAACGUCAGCCUCUACAAGGACCAGUUACAGCAGUGGAUCCGGGGCAACGUGAGUGCCUGUGCCCGGUCCAUCUUCAUAUUCGAUGAGAUGGACAAGAUGCACGCCGGCCUCAUCGACGCCAUCAAGCCCUUCCUGGACUACUACGACGUGGUGGACGAGGUCUCCUAUCAGAAGGCCAUCUUCAUAUUCCUUAGCAAUGCUGGUGCCGAGAGGAUCACAGACGUGGCCCUGGACUUCUGGCGGAGCGGGCGGCAGAGGGAGGACAUCAGGCUCAAGGACAUGGAGCACGCCCUGUCUGUGUCAGUUUUCAACAACAAGAACAGUGGCUUCUGGCACAGCAGCUUGAUCGACCGGAACCUCAUUGACUACUUCGUGCCCUUCCUGCCCCUUGAGUACAAACAUGUGAAGAUGUGCAUCCGGGUCGAGAUGCAGGCGCGAGGCUAUGAGGUGGACGAGGACAUCGUGAGCCGAGUGGCCGACGAGAUGACGUUCUUCCCCAAGGACGAGAGAGUCUACUCUGACAAAGGCUGCAAGACUGUGUUCACCAAGCUGGACUACUACUACGAUGAUUGACAGUGGGCGGCCCCGCCCCGCCCGAGGAAGUGGAACCUCCUUGGGGCUGCACUGGGGCGGCUCUGGUCCGGUUCCCCACCA